UGCGUCAUUAAUACUUUUAUUUCGAAGAGCGGAAGUUAGAUUUUUCCUAUUCUGACAGGCUUUACAGGUACACUACUCCAACUUAGGCCAUUCUUGAUUGCGUUUACACCUGAAUUUGUGCGUAAGAGGAUAGCCCUCUUCCAGGCCCCGUUUUCCGCGUUUUUUAAUUAUUUAUUUCCGUGUAAACUGCAGUCUUGAUAUAAAAACAUUGAUGGUGGAUAAUUUAGCCCUGUGUUGAGGGCCCUGCAAAGGAUUAUAAAUUCAUCCCAAACCUCAGUUUAUAUCCAGCGAUAUGGCUCGACCACGGCCGCGGGAGUACAAGGCAGGAGAUUUGGUUUUCGCUAAAAUGAAGGGAUACCCGCACUGGCCGGCGAGGAUUGAUGAGCUUCCAGAGGGAGCUGUCAAGCCACCUGCCAACAAGUACCCCAUCUUCUUCUUCGGGACUCAUGAAACUGCAUUCUUAGGCCCUAAGGAUCUUCUGCCCUACAAGGAGUAUAAAGACAAAUUUGGCAAGUCCAACAAGAGGAAAGGCUUCAACGAGGGCCUGUGGGAGAUUGAGAACAACCCUGGAGUCAAGUUCACAGGCUAUCAGGCCAUCCAGCAACAGAGUUCAUCGGAAACAGAAGAAGGGGGGAACGCUGCUGACGGCAGCAGCGAGGGAGAGGAGGGCGACUCCGUUGAGGAGGAAGAGGACAAGGAAAAGCUGAAGGGAGACAAGACAGGAUCCAAACGGAAAAAGACAGCUACCUCCAAGAAAUCCUCCAAGCUAUCCAGGAUCUCAUCUGGAGAAGAGGAUCUGGAGAAAGAUGGGAAAGAUGACGACCAGAAGAGCGGUUCUGAGGGAGGAGACCCCGACAAUGACAUCAUCCAAAAUACCACCGACAGUAAGAGCACACCAUGUGAAAAAACUUCUCGAGCUGAGCUGAUACUAAAAGAACCAGUUGCUCAUAGAAGAACAUUAAGUGAAGAAAGCAUGAAAGGGAAAUCAUUAUUUGUAGCUGUGAUGUUUGAAAGUAGAAUCUACAACAUGAUUUCUCAUCAACACUGUCUACUGGCUGCCAUCAUCACCUCCACUUCUCUUUUGGACUUCCAGUAUGUGUUUGUAUUAAAGAUGCACCCUUACUGAUACUGGUAUCAGUUAUCAUGUGGAUACCAGAGUAAGACUGGGCAUUAUGUUACACAAUUUUUUCAGCACUUAAACUUAAUGCCAAGGGCCAUGUCAGAAAUCAAAGGACUUCAUUUUC